CGGCGGCCCGAGUAGUCCGACCCAAAGUCCUCGACGAUCGUCUCCCUGUGCUCGCAUAUAAAUACGCAGCGGCCGCCGAUCGCAGAACCGAAGCGAGAGAGAUCGAAGAUGACGACGAAGAUGGUCCGCCUGCGCAGCUCGGACGGUCAGGAGCUCGAGGUGAUGGAGGAGGCGAUCGCCGCCGCGUCUAAGACGAUCAAGGACGCGCUGGAGAAGGGCGGCGCCGCCGACGACGCCAUCCCGGUCCCCGACGUCACCGGCCGAGUCCUCUCCCGCGUCCUCGAGUACGUCAGCAGGCACUUCUCCGACCCGGCCGCGGCCGCCGACCCGUUCGACUACAUCCCCAACUUCGACAACCCGCUCAAGGCCUUCGACGACGCCUUCGUCCAGGUCGACCAGGACACGCUCUUCGACCUCAUCCACGCGGCCGAGUGCCUCGACAUUGAGGGGCUGAUGGACCUGGCGUGUAAGACGGUGGCGGACCAGAUGAGGGGCAAGACCAUCGAGGAGAUCCGCAAAAAGUUCCACGUCGUCAACGACUACACCGCACGGGAGGAGGAGGACGUCCGCAAGGAGAACGCGUGGGCGUUCGAGUAGUCAUCGGUCUUACUAUAGUUCAAAGCUGUUCAUUAGGAUGAUCGAUCGAUCUCGAUCCACAUUACUGUGUUCUGCCCUUGUGUUCGCCAUGUUAGUGUACUAAUCUUGAUACUCA